AUGGUUCAAGCAGUAUUCCUGAGUAGCAAGCGGCGCAUCAUAGGUCGCAACCAUGCAUCGCAGGAAGGGUCCAAAGCUGUCUCGAGAAGCAAGACAAACUUUGACGGCCCAACAGCGCCACAGAUUUGGCUCGUCGUUUUGGCAGAAGCUGUCGAUGUUACCUGGAAAAGUUUUACAUUGGCCCGGCCUUACAGAGAAAGCGGCACAACAAGACAAGUGCAUGGUCCAGCCUUUCUGCAUUUCAAAAGCGGAAAAUUCAAUGCUGAUAAAGAUAUAGGUCAACAAGCCAACCUUCGUGCCAUCGCUAAGGAGACAGGUGAAUAUCACCAACUUACACUUGAGCAGCGCGCAGAAAUGGUGGAGGAAUUUGAAAAAAUCAAAAUGUCAGGACUCAGCAAGCCGGUAAACAUAACCUCUCGUACUUGUCUCGCAGAAAUAAAUAGUAGCUUUGCAGCCAUGGUUAGUGAGGCUGAAGCGAUGAAGGAACGUGUGGGCACAGAAACAUUACUCGUCACUGUACAAAGUUCAGCAAACCUCAACAUGCUACCAAAAGAUCCAAUGAAACUGGGUAUUAAGAUGGAGUCCACUGUACUCGCUGGGCUUGCACCACGAAGCAUUCUGUCUAUGAGUUAUACAGACCGCAAGUUGGCUGCAAAGCAAGGGAUACGAAGCGGUAUAAAUGAGAGUCUAGUCGAGGUUACCGAGAACGCGAAUGCAACACUAAAGUUUGUCCGCUAUGAACGCAUGGUUCAGGAGCACCUAGUCAAGCUGGUUGGGUGGUGCCACAACGAAUGGGGUAACCCCAGUAAUCUGAAAGGUGGAGUUGAACCACUAGAGGCUCUUGCAUGCACCGUUUCAGAUAAGAAGUGCAGGUUUGUUUGA